CGACGAGGAUGUGGGUGCUCAAAUCCGUACCCUAUAAUUCAUUGGAUUCGGGUUUCGACUCAAUUUGGGCCAUGAUCUAUGCCGGCCCAGUCCGCUGGUUUGACCCAACCCCUUUCCAUUUCCCAUUAACGCGAUCUAAAGCUCAAUAUUGAAUUUGAAAAUACCUGUUGCCGCUCUUUUUCCUCGCUGUUCGUGGAGCCCUAGCUGUCCCCGUCUCCCAUCUCUCUCGCUGCUCUGCCGACCUCUCGGUGGCCAGCAAGAGCCGUAGGAUCAGUCCAGCCAAAGGAGCAGGAGAAGCGACAGCAAAGCCAGCAGCGGCGACCACAGAGAUAAUCAAAUGGCACAAGCAGCAAGGCUGAAUCUGAGGCUGCAGAAGGAAAUUAAGCUGCUCAUGACUGACCCACCUCAUGGAGUCUCCCUUCCUUCACUAUCUGAUAACCCAAACCUACCGUCUGUAUCACUUUUAAGCAUUGAGGCCCAGAUUGAAGGACCUGAAGAAACUGUAUACUCCAAAGGCAUUUUCACUGUCAAGAUUCAAGUACCUGAAAGAUAUCCUUUUCAACCACCGAAUGUGACCUUUGUUACACCAAUUUACCAUCCCAACAUUGAUAAUGGAGGCCGCAUUUGUCUUGAUAUUCUCAAUCUGCCACCAAAGGGUGCAUGGCAGCCAUCAAUGAACAUUUCGACUGUCUUAACAAGCAUUAGAUUGUUACUGAGUGAGCCCAACCCUGAUGAUGCUCUAAUGGCUGAAACUAGCAGGGAAUUCAAGUAUAAUAAACAUGUCUUCGAGCAAAAGGCCCGAACUUGGACAGAAAGAUAUGCUAAUCCUGGCUCUACAGGGAGAAGUAGUGAUCAUGCCCUUUCGACCAGCCUGAACGUGGCACCAUUGGAACACAUUCACGAAAUUCCAGCCAACGAGAUCCACAGGAGGCACAAGAAGCUUCGCCUAACAUGUCAAGAUCUAUCAACAAACCCAACAACACCUACUGGAAUCAGCAACAAUGAUGAAAAUCAGAAUGUAGUACCUACUCAACAGCGAUCUGUAUCGGACAGGCAGCAAACAGGUUCAUCAAGUUUUGAGUGGUCGCUGUGUGCCAGUGCCACAAUUCACAAAAGAUCUCUUGAUGAGCAUGCUGAGGAAGCUGUGAAAGAUGAUCCCAAGCAGGUGGAAGCAAGUCCAGAAUUCCUAGAGACAAUCAUCAUAUCUGACAGUGAAGAAAGUGAUGAUGAAGAUGAUCCACCCUCACAAUUUUUGCGAAAGAAAAUAGUUUGAGAUAUUGUCUUAGCCUGAGCAGAAAAGAGAACAAGAAGCACUGUGAAUCUAGCACAAUUCUGAUCCCGAGCUCAGUUGUAAUAUGCAAAGUUGUAUUCAAAUCUUUUGUUUUGAGGCAUUGACAUGAUGUAUAAGUCCAAACCCCAAAAUGUUGCUAUGUAUAUGAUGUGAUGCCUUUAGAACAACUA